CCUCAUUAAUCACAGUGUCAUCUCCCGUUCCCCCUUACAGCCACACUGAUUGCAUUGCGGACCAACAGCAGAGAGGGGGAUAUGGACAAAAGUGUGGACGUGACAUAAAAACUGUCUGUGUUCAUGAAGCCUAAUGUUCCUCUGCAGCUCUGUGUUAAUCAGUACAGCAGACUUGAGUCUGUGCCCAGAAAGUCAGACGCCGUCUCCUCUGUGAAACUUCUGGAUCCUCAUUGCGCUGCAUUUUUUCGCCCCCCGCAAAAAUGCAUGAUGGUGUCCAUGAUGCUGCAUCCAAACAAAGAGUCCAGUGAUGGAGUGUCUUUCAGGACCUGUUCUGUUUUGCUUUUCCAUCUUGUCUUUCUUCCAUCUGUUGGAGGUGCCGUCUCCACGCCCAUCAUAAAGGUUAACUCAGAUAACCCCAACAGUGUGGUGUUGCAGUGUGAGUCUGAAGGCUGGUAUCCAGAGCCCGAGGUGUUUUGGCUGGACGGUGAGGGAAACCUCCUCCCUGCUGGACCUACAGAGACAGUCAGAGGUCCUGAUGACCUCUAUACUGUCAGGAGCAGAGUGACAGUGGAGAAGAGACAAAGCAACAGCUUCACCUGUAGAGUCCAACAGAAGAACAUCAACCAGACCAGACAGACACACAUCUAUUUUCCAGCUGAUUCAUUCAUCAUCGAAUCUUGUUCUGCUUUCUGGUGUUACGUCGCCCUUGCUGUUGUCAUCGCGCUUGUCUUGGUGUGCGUCAUACUGCAGUGGAUCAAGUGGAACCGGGAAACUGUGAAGCUCUCCUCUCCCUUCCAAACACUAGCUACCCUCCAGGCAGUCAGUGGACAUAAAGUUUUUCCUGUGAUGUAGAGACAGAGCUCAGUUAAAACUUUAUGGAUGAAAGAUACUUUUGUUAC